AUGGUGAAGCGCUUGAUAGUGGAUGAGUAUAAUACUGUAGAUGUUGGUGGUCGUGGUGGUGUUGAACUUGGCAGAAAGCUUAUAUCAUCACUCGUCCUAUUAUUACCGACAUCGGGCCGACAUAUAACCGCAUAUUAUACACAGACAAUAAACUCAACUUCACUUCCAUCAGCCAAAGAUCCGAGUAACAAGAAAAAGGCAUUCAAAGACACAUGA